AUGUACAUCGCUCUCUACUACGUAGUCGCGCGCCUCCGUGACUCCCUUCGCGUCGUCAGGGACCACUUUCUCGCAGUCUGUCCCACCACCCUCACCGUCGACCUCCUCGAGAAGGCCCUCCUCGCAGCGGAGAAGAGCAUAGUCGCUGUAGGUGCUUCUCGUGGUGACCCUCGCACCCCCAUCUUUGAGGGGUGCUCUCCUUCCCCCUUGCUGCCCUCUGUUGCCUCUGCUGCUGCUGCCGACCUGCUUGGUCUUGAGUCGGUCGGCGCGGCGUCUGCCCCUAGUGGGAGACGUCGCUCCAGCAAGGGCAAGGGGGGCAAGGGCGUGGGUGGAGCUGGAGGGGGCGGUGGCGGUGGCGGCGGUGGCGGUGGAGGGAGUGGGGGUGGCGGCGGGACUAGUGGCGGGGGUGGUGGUGGUGGUGGCAGCAGCGGCGGAGACGGUGGUGGUGGUGCCAGCGGUGGUGGUGGAGGCAGCGGCGGAGGUGGAGGCGGCGGAGGUGUAGGCGGUGGAGGCGGCAGCGGAGGAGGCAGUGGUGGUGGAGGGGGUGGAGCUGGUCGGGGUGGUACCCAGGGUGGGGGUACUGGUCCCUGCACCUACGUUCUUCGUUCCGGCGACCGCGCGGGUGAGCAGUGUGGGGGUGCCCACGCCACCCAGCGCUGCUUUGGCCGCCUGACGGACGCCUGGCGUCAGCAGUUCCCUGGGGCUAGUGAGAUCCCUCGCUGGGAUGAGCUUCUCAGGGCUGGUGUAGCGAUCUUUGAUCUUGAUUUUGAUGCUAUCCUUACUGCUAUGUAUGUUGUGGAUUAUAGUGAGGAGAAUGAGGGUUACCGCUGUUUCCAGCCCGACCCGGGCAUUGGUACUGCUGCGCUAGGUGCUUGUGAGGCUGCUGCUCUAGGUGCCAGUGCGUCUGCGCUCUCAGGUACUGGUGAGACUGCGCUCUCAGGUACUGAGUCGUCCUCGUCCUCCCUCACUUUCACACUUGACUCCGGAGCUUCUCGCUCCUUUUUUCGAGACCGCACUACCCUUACGCCGCUUGGCCGGCCGGUUGCAGUCUCCCUUGCUGACCCCUCUGGGGGUCCUGUCCUGUCUCACUUCUCCACUGUCCUCCCGUGUCCGGCUGCCCCUUCGGGCACCCUGUCGGGUCUGUACCUUCCCUCGUUCUCUACGAACUUGAUGAGUGGAGCGGACCUGCAGGAUGUGGGUGUUCACCAGUUCACUCCUGCGAGUCAGCGGGUGACCCACUGCACGGAGGCACGCACAGGCCGACACCUGGCCACGUUCUCGCGUCGGCCGGGGUCGAGUCUCUACACCCUGACCGUUGAGUCUCCUCCUGUCCCUGCGUCUGGUCAGGUGGCUGCGUCGGGUCAGGUACUUGCUGCUGCGUCCCGGUCAGGUCCUGAGUCUGCCCCCUGUUCUUGUCGCCUCCUGUCUCACGAGACUCUCCUGUGGCACCACCGUCUUGGCCACCCCUCCUUGCCCCGUCUUCGGAGCAUGGCUUCCCGUGUCCUUGUCUCUGGUCUUCCCCAGUCUCUCCCUCCUCUCCCCUCCGAGCCAGGACCUUCCUGUGUCCCCUGUGUCGAGGGUCGCCUCCGGGCUACUCCUCACUCCUCCCACUUCCCCCCGACAGAGGCUCCCCUGCAGACGCUUCACAUGGAUGUGUGGGGUCCAGCCCCCGUCCAUGGGCAGGGUUACGAGCGCUACUUCCUGUUGGUGGUUGACGACUACUCGCGUUACACCACAGUCCUCCCCUUGCGCAGCAAGGGUGCGGUCACUGAGGUGCUGAUCGACUGGAUCCGCGAGGCUCGUCUCCAGCUCAGGAAGAGCUUCGGCUCGGACUUUCCUGUUCUGCGUCUGCACUCGGACAGAGGCGGAGAGUUCUCCUCUGGCCUUCUGCGUGCCUACUGUCGUGCGCGAGGCAUCCGCCAGUCCUUCACGCUUCCGGACUCACCACAGCAAAAUGGGAUUGCUGAGCGCCGCAUUGGCAUGGUCAUGGAUGUCGCUCGUACGUCCAUGAUGCAUGCGGCUGCCCCCCAUUUUCUGUGGCCGUUUGCGGUGAGGUACGCGGCGCAUCAGCUCAACCUUCACCCCCGGGUCUCUCGGCCUGCGAUGUCCCCAGCCUUGCUGUGGACGGGGAAGGUUGGCGAUGCGUCUGUGUUCCGUGUCUGGGGAUCUCGGGCGUUUGUCCGCGACUUGUCUGCGGACAAGCUGUCCCCUCGUGCUGCUCCCUGUGUCUUCCUUGGCUUCCCCACUGACGCCCCAGGGUGGCAGUUUUACCACCCCUCCUCUCGUCGUGUUCUGUCCUCCCAGGACGUCACGUUCGACGAGUCAGUCCCCUUCUACCGUCUCUUCCCCUACCGCACUCCUUCCCUCCCCCCUCCCCCGGACUUCCUUGUGCCGGUUCCCCCCCCGGUAGACCCCCUCCCCCCUCAGGUUCCUGCCCCCUCAGGUGUGUCCCAGGUAGACGCCGUUGACCCGGUCGAGGUUACUGGUGACUCUGGUGCUGUUGCGGGUGCUGAGCCUGGGGGUGCUGACUCUGGGGGUGCUGUGCGCGGGGGUGCUGAGCCUGGGGGUGCUACUGCUGGGGGUGCUGGGCCUGAGGGUGCUACUGCGGAGGGUGCGGAGCCUGGGGGUGCUGAGCCGGGGGGUGCUGUGCCUGGAGGUGCUGGGUCUGGGGGUGCUGGGUCGGGAGCUGCUGAGCCUGGGGGUGCUGUGCUGGGAGCUGCUGAGCCUGGGGUUUCUCCUGCUGCUGCGUCUCGCCGGGAGCCCCUCUCUCCACAGGAGCUGCGCGAGUGGUUCGCUCGCCGCUGGAGGCGUGCUACUGCGUCUGGAGGUGCUGCUGGAGCUGGAGCUGGAGCUUCUUCGACCGUCGAGGGUGCGGGUGCUGCCGGUCCCGCAGCUGCUGGACCUGCGGGUCCUCCUGGAGCUGGAGCUGCUGAGGGCGUUGGUGCUGAGCCUACUGCUGUUGGUCCUGCCGCUGGAGGUGUGGGUGGCGCUGGUGCUGUCGCUGAGGGUGGUGGUGCUGUCCCUGCUGAGUCUCGAGCUGCCGCGCGGCCUUGGCCGUACUUCAUUCCACUCCUGCAGCAGGUUCUUGGUCUUUCUCCUCUAGUAGAGGGUCCACCGCCUGUCCAGUCGCAGUCCCUGCUGGAGCUUUCCUCUCCACUGCCUGCUCCCUCUCCUUACACUGGUCCUACUCGAGGUCUUGCUGAGCGUCGUGAGCCUGCGUCUCGUCCCGCGUCGCCUGUUCGUGCUGCUCGCGCUAGUGGUCGCAGUUCGCGUCAGCGUCCUCCUCCUGUCCCUGGCACGCACCGGAUGUCUUUGCGUCCGUCCACUGCUCCUCUGCGUGCCCCUUUGCCUUCUCCUCCUGAGUCCUCUCUUCCUGUGCUUGCCGACCCUGAGUCGGACUCUCUUCGUGCUGCCAGUCCUACUGUCACGCGUCUGCUUGCUACUGUCGUCACUGACCCCUCGUUUGAGUCCACUGCUGCGUCUGCCCUUGUCGCUGAGCUCGUCGACUUUGCUGCUCGCUGUCGUCUCGACUACGCUGCUAGUCUUGAUGCUGAGUCUGCGUCUGUCUGUCCUCCGUCCGUCGGGGGUGAGUGUGCUCUUGGCACGGACGUCCUAGAGGACAGGCAGGAGGAUUUACAGUGUUUAGCGGCUGCUUCACCUCAUCUCGCAUCUGUACUGCUUGCCCCUGAGGGAGACCCGGAUGCACUAGACAUCCCGACUCCGCGUUCUUACGCGGAGGCUGUAGAGGGUCCCUACUCCUCUCAGUGGCAGGCAGCUAUGGAUGCAGAGAUGGCUUCCUGGAAGUCCACAGGCACCUACGUUGACGCGGUUCCCCCUUCUGGGGCGAACAUCGUCAGUGGCAUGUGGAUCUUCAGGGUGAAGCGGCCGCCGGGCUCUCCACCUGUCUUCAAGGCACGGUACGUUGCUCGUGGCUUCAGUCAGCGGCAGGGAGUUGACUACUUUCAGACCUUCUCUCCCACCCCGAAGAUGACUACUCUUCGGGUUCUGCUGCACAUAGCCGCUCAGCGCGACUACGAGCUUCACUCUCUCGACUUCAGCACUGCGUUCUUGCAGGGUAGCCUGCACGAGGAGAUCUCGCUUCGCCGUCCACCUGGCUUCACUGGGACUUUCCCUCCUGGCACCCAGUGGAGCCUCCGACGGCCAGUCUACGGUCUCCGCCAGGCACCGCGUGAGUGGCACGACACACUGAGGACUACGCUUGCGGCUCUUGGGUUUGCUCCUUCUACUGCUGACCUGUCGCUGUUUCUUCGCACCGACACUUCCCUGCCGCCGUUCUACAUCCUCGUGUACGUCGACGACUUGGUCUUUGCCACAGCGGACACUGCUGGACUCGCCUACGUGAAGUCCGAGCUGCUGAAGAGACACACGUGCACAGACCUGGGUGAACUGCGCAGCUACCUUGGCUUGCAGAUCACUCGGGACAGAGCACGCCGCACCAUUACCUUGGCUGAGUCACACAUGGUGCAGCAGGUCCUUCAGCGCUUCGGCUUCACGUACUCCUCGCCUCAGGCCACUCCUCUGCCUCUCGCCACUCACUCUCAGCUCUGCCUUCGGAUGAGUCCACCGGAGCACAUGGCUGCAGCGAAGAGGGUAUUGCGCUACCUGUGCAGUACGUCGGGCAUGGGGCUAGUGCUUGGAGGGCGGAGUCCAGUGGUCCUCACCGGCCACGCGGACGCUUCUUGGGCUGACGACCAGGCUACGCAGCGGUCGUCACAGGGUUACACCUUCAGCCUUGGUUCCGGCUCUGUCUCGUGGCGGUCUACUCGCUCGUCUUCGGUUCUCGGCUCCAGUUGUGAGGCUGAGAUCUACGCUGGGGCCAUGGCUGCACAGGAGCUUCGCUGGCUCACCUACCUGCUGACUGACCUUGGAGAGCCGCCUCGUUCUCCUCCAGUGCUGUACGUAGACAACAAGGCCAUGCUGGCCUUGUGUCGAGAGCAGCGCUUGGAGCACAGAACGAAGCACAUUGCUCUCCGCUACUUCCUUGCUCGUGAGCUGCAGCAGCGUGGUCAGUUGCGACUUGCGUACGUGGCCUCUGAGGCCAACACUGCUGAUGUGUUCACCAAGGCACUCGCGCCUUGUGACCAUCAGCGCUUUUGCACCCAGCUGGGUCUUGUGCCUGUCUUGCCUCACUUGCUCUCCUCUUGA